AGUUGCACGGGACGCUCCUCUCCUCUCGCGCCCCCAACAAUAGAGUGGUACGUACCAUUAUCACAGCGCACAAUGGGGACAUUUCCCCACGAAUUUACAUCGCUUCGCGUUCUUCACGUCGUAAAGAGCGUGCACGUCGCCCGUGUGUGAAUUUCACGCGGUGUCUUUUUUCCUUCCGAGCCCGCUCUUUGCUUCCUCGGAGCGGAUUUAACGCCGGAUUCCACCCGCGUUCCUCCGGCGCGUCCCCUCGGAAACACAGAGUCCCCGGGUCGCUCUCCUCUUCCAGCAGCAGGACUACAUUUGAUGUCAGAGACCCGAACAAACAUGGAGCCGAGCCGGGGAUUUAAAGCCUUGGAUACGGGGGCAUGCGCUGCGGCUCAGUGAGGAUGGACGGACAGUAAAGAGGAAUAAUUUUUUUAACAAACAUAUCAGUUAGUGGUGUUGCAGCAGAAGGAUGCCGCUGGUGAAGCGCACCAUCGAGCCCAGGCACCUGUGCCACACGGUGCUGCCGAGGAACAUCAAGAAUGAGCUGGAGUGUGUGACUAACAUCUCCUUGGCCAACGUCAUCCGCCAGCUCAGCAGCCUGAGUAAAUAUGCAGAAGACCUGUUCGGAGAGCUGUUCAAUGAGGCCCACUCCUUCUCUUUCCGGGUCAACUCCCUGCAAGAGCGCGUGGACCGCCUUUCCAUCAGUGUCACACAGCUUGACCCCAAAGAGGAGGAAUUGUCUCUCCAGGACAUCACCAUGAGAAAGGCGUUCAGGAGUUCCACUAUUCAGGACCAGCAGCUUUUCGACCGCACGUCGCUGCCCAUCCCUCUGCAGGAGACCUUUGAGACCUGCGAGCAGCCGCCGCCCCUCAACAUCCUCUCGCCCUACAGGGACGAUGGGAAGGAGGGCCUGAAGUUCUACACCAAUCCAUCCUACUUCUUCGACCUGUGGAGAGAAAAGAUGCUGCAGGACACAGAGGACAAGAGGAAGGAGAGGAGGAAACAGAAGCUGGAAAUGCCUUAUCUUGUGUGUCCCAAGGGCCUUAUAAGAGUCCUCUCUGAAACCCCUCCUCCCCUCCUCGGUACCCCAGAGUUGCAGGAUCCCCGCAUGUAUGAUCAGGUCUAUAGGUACUUAGACCUUCCAGGGCAGAUGAAGGCAAUAGAGCGUCCGCCGGAUUCGGAGAAGAUACCGCGGGCGCCGCACGACCGUAAAAAGGAGUGGCAGAAACUGGCUCUGGGUGCGGAGCUGGCGCAGGACAUCCCUGAAGACAAGCACAGAGAGGCCAACGGAUCUGCAGGUUACCAUAACAACAGGGCUCCUCUGUACAUGGAGCAAAUGGACGGGCCCUUUUCGCUGGCGGCGCUGCCCUACACCCAGAUGAACGAGCUGCUGAACCGCACCGGGGACAGAAUGUAUUCGCGGCCCCACGACCCUCCACCACCUCCUCCCAUGCACCCACUGGGAGAGAUCAAGCCACCCUCUGUGAUCAGCUCCAGUUCGGGUUUUUCCGACAGCAGACCUCAGUCUCCGGCACGAACAGGAGGAUUCAACUCCAACACUCCUCCUCCUCCGCCUCCACCUCUUCCCCCUCCGCCUCCGCCCUUACCCUCCUCAGGCAUGCGGGGCACCCCUCCUCCUCCCAUUCCUCCUCUACCAGUCCAGCAGCCCAUGGCGAUCCCACCUGCCCCUGCUCCCCUCCAGAUUGCUCCGGGGGUGCUCCACCCGGCGCCUCCGCCCGUGGCGCCUCCACUCCACUCCUCCUCCCCGGCUCGUCUCCAGCAGGUCCUGGACAAGGGCCCACCCAUGAGCUUUGGUACCCAUGCGGAUGGCAACAUCCUGCCUCCUCCCCCACCGCCUCCUCCUCUGCCUCUCCCCGGAGCGCGGAGCUCCUCGCCCUGUCUGUCAGGCCCGCCACCGGUGCCGGCCUUCCCCUCAGCAGGAGCCAUGGCCUCACCCCACAACCUCCACGAUUUGGGGUCCAAGAGGCACCAUUCAGCCAGUCUACCGCCCAUCAGCGAUGCUCGCAGUGUCCUGUUGGAGGCCAUCAGAAAAGGCAUACAGCUGCGAAAAGUGGAGGAGCAGCGAGAGCAAGAGGCUAAACACGAGCGAGUCGGCAACGACGUGGCCACCAUCCUGUCCCGGCGCAUUGCUGUGGAGUACUCCGACUCCGAGGACGAGUCCGAGUUUGACGAAGGAGACUGGAUGGAGUGAUGGCCGUCAGAGAGAUGGGGGAAAAAAUAAAAAGCAGCGGUGGCAGGAGAGGACAAAAUUGUUCAGGUGCACCCACCUCCAAAAACCCUGCACCCCACACCUCGCCAUCAGAGUCCUUACCACUCCGGAAAGAAGAGGAACGUCGUUGUUGCCCCAUUUAUCCCCUGUCGAAGUUUUUUAUCUCGUCAUAUCUCUCGUCUCGUUGUGGAUUGUGUUUGGAGGACAGUCUCCACAUCGCCCUCGUCCGUCUUCUCGUGUUCCAAGAGAGAUUCUUUUGCAUUCAUUCUUUUCUGCACUACAGGACCUUUUUUCAGCUGGAUUUCUCCUGAUGAAAUCCCCCAUGUUUACUAUUGUUAUACAUGAAAAUGACUUUUAUUUUGAAGAACCACUUGUUUUUAUUUCUUAUCUGUACAUCGACAUAAAAAAAGAUGAAAAAAAAAAAUGAAGGCAAGUUCUCCGGUACAGUUUUGUCGCCUGGUGGCUGAACACGGCAUUGAAUGACUUCUGUUUUAGCUUCUUUUAUUUACCUUUUCCUGCUGAAACGUUUGCAGUUUUAAUAGGCCAGUAGUUUGCAGACACUGACCGCUACACCAGUGGUCGCUCAGUGUGAACACAAGCUGGGUUGUCUUUCGUUUUCUCUUGUUAUCAGGACUGGUUUUACUACAAAGAACAAGCAAAAGAUUGUGCUGGUAUGUCAAAGGUCAUAGAAGGAUUGUUUUACGGUUGAAAAUGAAGGGGAAGUAAAUAGACGUCUUCGGCAACGUGUGUGCAUUUCCAUCCACUUACAUCGAAAACAUUACCCCAGGGAAAUAAAUGCCAAGAGAUUGA